GUUUUCAUUUGUACAUAGCCAUCAUCAUCUUCCCUCUUCUUCGACUUCUUCGCGCGUGAGCUGCGGGCGCUGCCUUUUUUGGAAUAAACAGCGCUGGGCAACUUGAUCGGUCUCGGUAUUAUAAAGUGGUGGAGGUACGUCAAGAUCCCGACGUCCUCUCGCGUUCCCGUCCUCCCUGGAGCUCCGUUCCGGUCGCCGCCUGCACCCAGCUACCCCUACAACAAUGGACACUUCCAACCCCGGCCCUUCCGGCGCCUCUAACCCUCCCACAGAGACGACCCCGCCUGCGGCGCCCUCUUGGACUGUGACGAGCCCUCAGCGCGAUCCCCCUGUCUUCGCAGGACUCCGCGGUGAUGACGUAGACGAUUGGAUCGACCACUACGACCGCGUGAGUUCUUGCAACAAGUGGAAUGACACCCAGAAAUUGAGGCACGUCGCCUUCUACUUGACCGGUGUUGCAAAGACGUGGUAUUUCAACCACGAAUCCGACAUCACGGAUUGGUCCACGUUUACCUCGAAGCUGCGGCAAAUCUUCGCUUCCUCGUCUGGCCGUGCAGAAGUCGCCAAACAGAAGCUGGGAACGCGGCGCCAACUUCCCCAAGAGUCUUACACAUCAUACAUAGAGGAUGUCUUGGCUCUGUGCCGCCGUGCGAAUCCUAGCAUGACGGAAGCCGAACGCGUUCGCCACAUCUUAAAAGGCAUUGGGCCUGUCGCAUUCAACGCCUUAAUCGUGCAAAAUCCGGCUUCUGUCCAAGACAUCACUUCAACGUGUCAACGCCUCGACGAGCUGCAGUGUAUUCGUCUUCCACAUGACAGCAGCGAUCCUCAGGUUCCCCAUUCUCCAGAUCUACGUGCUCUUAUCCGCACCAUCAUCCGCGAAGAGCUUCACCUACAAGACCUCAGCCGUCCACCUGCUGCCUGCGCCCCAACCCCCACCUUCGACUUGCGCGAGGUCGUAAAGCAGGAGUUGACAGCGAUGACCACGCCCACGACGCAUCUUGCUCCGGUAGCGCGCUCCACACCUACCUACGCGGAUGUUGUUUCGCUACCCACCCCUACCGUGCCUUCCGUGCCUUCCGUGCCUACUGGCGUUUCCUAUGACCAUUUGGCUUCGAUGGGACCCAGAGCACUUGCUGCGCCAUCGUACCCUCAGUGGCGUCCACCUCGUCCGGUUUGUUUUUACUGCGGUAUACGCGGCCAUAUAUCCCGCUUCUGCCGCCGGCGCCAGCAGGAUGAAAGGCGAGGCUAUGCUGAGCACGAAAGAGACCGCACUCGCCGAUCAGCCGACUACUAUUCCGGACCGUACUCUUCCCUGCCACAGCGUUCUCCGUCUCCACCAGCUGCUCCCAAUCUGCCUCAUAGUUCCCGUUCGGCCAGACGUCGUUCUCCAUCCCCUUACCGGCGCUCUACAUCACCGCUUCGCCCCACUUCCCAUUUUGUCGACCAGCACUCGGAAAACUAACUGUUGCAGUUUUUGGAGGGGAAACUGCUUCUUAUCGGUCUUCAAAAAUUCCUCCUGUUCGCCCGGCCAACAUGCUUUCUGUGACUGUCGAAGGUGUUCCCGCGUCAGCUCUCAUCGAUACCGGUGCCGCCGUUUCUGUUCUGCGGAGUGAUCUGUGUUCGCGGCUCCGUAAAGUAAAAACGCCUUAUCUUGGACCUAUUUUGCGUGGUGCUAAUAAUGCAUUCAUUCACCCUGACGGACAGUGUACUGCUCGUGUUCUCAUCGACGGCAUACGCCACCACAUCGAGUUUCUCAUCCUUCCAACGUGUAUCCAUGAAAUUAUACUGGGUUGGGACUUCCUACAUUCUGCUUCAGCCGUCAUUUCAUGUAGAGAGGAAGUUGUCCACAUCACGGAUACAGAGCUUGAACCUGUUGCGGACUCUUCACUUUCAUGCGUGAACUUGACCAUCGCUGCCGACUACGUCCUGCGUCCUGGUCACGAAGACGUUGUAGCCGUAACAUCCAGUGAA